GCCUUUCGCCGGCCAUGAUUCGUCAUGGACAAGAUGGCGGACUAACGUAUCCUGGUCAUACGUGGUUCUGUUACUUGUAGACUAAGUGACUUUUGUUUCUCUCAGGAAAUACACUCGUGAAAAGGUCUAGAUGUUUCGGCGGUCAAGGUUCAGCGUUCGUCCUAAUGUGGGCGGACCUGGGAGGACAGCAGCGGCGCCACAGGAAUCUGCUGCAGUGAGUCAGGAGGCGACCCAGUCCUCGAAAGAAAUCAACGACAAUGUAUCUGUUUCUGUUGUGACUGACAGCAAGUCAGCUGACACUCCUGGGGCUGCAGCUACCACCUCAGGCGAUGGAAACGAAACAAGUGGAGAAGGUUCCAGCUCUUCAGCCGGCGUCCAGAGAAGGAAGCGCUUUUCUGUCAAGCCCAGAGUGGCCCCGGGUCGCCCCUCCACCCUCCCUCGAGUGCUCAAGUCCCCCGCCAAGGUGGUCUCUGAAAGUCCAGCAAAAGUCGCAGAACUUGAGCCGAUAACAUCCAAUGAAGUUACAACUCCAGCAGCCCUGCGGGGACUCCGGUCACCAUCGCCACCGAAGCCCUCUGCGAAUAGAGAGCUGCCUCAUAUACACUCCACUUCUGUCUCCUCUGACGGGUCUGCUGACCCCCGAAAAGAAACCCACCCACUGCCAGAAGGUGGCAGAAAGCCAGAGAAGACACCUGACAGUUUAAUAAAAGUUUCUCCUAGACCUGUGGAUAAAGUUUCUAUGCCAGACAAAGAAUCAGCUGAACUGUCAGAAAAGGCCAAGACUCUUCUGUUGUCGAAGGGCAGGUCAUCAGUUCCCAGGUCCUCCUUGAGCCGACUUUUGAACGAUCCGUCAGAUAUUCAGAGGCUGGAAAAGGCUCAGAAGCUACGGGACCUGCUGAAACAGGAGAUGCGCAAAGAAAAGGCUAUCAGGAAGUCAAAGAAGCACAUAAAGCAAUUUAGUGUGGAUCCCACCAAAAUGACCAUGAGGGACCUCAUUCGGUACCUACCGCUGUCCAACCCCAUGUCAUCCAGUUUAGAAGACAGCACUCAGGAGAAGGAGACUGGUAUUCUGAAUGGUCCAAGACUGGAAGUACCACCAGAGAGGGGGCCGCAGAAACCAGAACCAGAGGUCAUCCCUAAGAUGGGGAACCAGAUGGAGGAGGAAGAGGAGGGGGGUGAGGAGACGGAACAGGAGGCGGGGCAGGAGGAAGAGGAAGAUGAGGCACUGAUGGUUCCGCAGGUCAAAGUGGCAGAAGAUGGCACGCUGAUCCUGGACGAGGAGAGUUUGACUGUGGAGGUCCAGAGAGCCAAAGGAUCCAACCCCGAAGAAGACAGAGACCCCAUCUUUGAACGUGGGUCCACCACCAUGUACUCCAGCUUCAGGGCGCCUACGUAUUGCAAGCCCUGGUCCAGCGAAGAGACAGACAUGUUCUUCCUGGCUAUCAGCAUGGUGGGGACAGAUUUCUCCAUGAUCUGUCAGCUUUUUCCCAACAGAACACGAUCGGAGAUAAGGAACAAAUUUAAGAAGGAAGAGCGGCAGAAUUCCUGGAGAGUGGACAAAGCUUUCGAAGAGAGACGCAAGCUGGACAUUGAGUAUUUUUCUAAGCUGCUGCAGAAGAUACUGGAAUUUCAGGAAAGCAGAAAGAACCUCAAGUCGCUUGUGGAGAAGAAUGCCCCCAAGAAGCACCAGAGAAAGUCAAAGGGUACAAAGAGGAAAAAAGCUGCCAGCAAGAUCAGCAGCAGCGAGGAGGAAGAGGACGAGGAUGUCCUCUUAAGCUCUGAGGCGGAGGAUGGAGAGAAAGAGAACGAGGAGCUCUGCGAGGAGGCAGGAACUUUAGUCUGUAAAGCCAAGAGAAAACGCAAACUCAGGAGUGAGGAGGACCCCUCUGCUGCAAAGCUGACAAAGAGGAAAAGCAAAACAGGUGCAAAGAGCAGCAAAGAAGAUGUGGCCUGCAUCCCCAAAGACACUGAAGCUGCACUUCCUGAGGAUCAGCCUAACUCGGAAGUGUGUGACAGUGCAGAGAUGGAGAAAACAUCCAAGGGACCCGCCAUCCGGCCCGCUAAGCUCUCUCGAGUACCCGAAGAUAGAGAUGGUGCUUCCGCUAAACAGAACAACACCUCCAAAAAGAAGGCCAACGAAGAGACAUCAUCUUCAAGAAUAGCCAGCAAUAAUGAUGUUGACUCCUCUGGCGAUGAAGACUACCCCAUUAAACCUGCAAAACCCACCAGGUAUGGGAGAGUCCCCAAACCUACCGCACUUUUAAAUUACCCUGCCAAGGAGGACUCGCCCUCCACUCAGCCUCAACUCCAACCCAAGAGUGCCCCCAAGAGGGGCAGAACAGCUGAGGCACCCUCAGCUACCAAAAAACCCAAACCGGGUAUGCUUAGAGCAUCUCCUUCUGAAGCCAGCAAGGAGGAGGAUGCAAACAUGGAGGAGCAGGGGUCUUCUAACGGUGGCGCCAGGGAGGAGAGUAGCGCUCCAGUACCUGCCAGCCUGUGCUCCCCCCAUGCCGCCAUCCCACAGGAGGAGGAGGAAGACAUAGUGGAGGAGCUCGAUAUCUUUGCUGAUAUGUCUGUGUUGGACAUGUCCCAAGAUGCACUCUGCCUCAACUCAUCGUGUGAGCGUGCCCAAAUUGAGACCGGGUCAAGAGAACCUUGUGUGCAUCAGUUGGACCUUCUGGUCGAUGUUAUAGACUUCCUUUCCUCCGAGCACACUGAAGGCAGGUUGAUGUCUGAGGUGCAGAGCUACAACGAGGCUGCUCAAACUCUGCUGACCAUCAGCAAUGUGUCUCUCCUCUCCCAGUCGGACACCACUCAGGAUCAGAACACAGGCAUACCUUUGGACGUUGGAAAUGAAACUUGUCGACGUUUGGAAGAGGAGAUUGUUGCGGAGUUCAUCGAAGAAAACAGUUCCAGACCAGUUCUGUAUGUAUCCUUAGACCAGAAAGCCGCAGAUACAUUUGACACCACACCUGUUGAGUCAACACACACAGAGUCUUCACCUGAGAUUGGUGAAGGGACAGGCCAAGAACAGGGACCUGUUUCAGGUCCUGACUCAACUCUACCAUCGCAAUCAAGCCCACAGACCAGAAAAGCUUACUCAUCCAAGGUGAAACCAAAGCCUAACCUUGCCAGAGCCUCAAGAGCUGCACAUUCCAAACCUCAACCAGAAACAUCACCACCCGGGUCAACUGUGGAGAGCCAAAGUGCUGCUCCUGACUUGUCUAAAGAACCAACCCCAAACAUAGCAGAACAUAGUGGGUCCUCCAAAAAACAGACAUGUGACUUGGAACAGGCCACCAUGGAAGCCAAGUGUACAGAUGCUGAAACAAGUGAAAACGCUCCAAAUAAUGAACCUGCAUUCAGAGAACCACUAACUCAAGAAUCAGGUGGAGAUCAUGAGGUGCAUGAAUGUCAGAACUCCAGUACACCCCAGUCAUCUCAACCCAUCAGGAUGAAACCAAAACCAAACAUUCCUCAAAUAUCAAAAUAUCAAACCACAAAAGAGACUAGUCUGUCUUCAAAUCUGCAAUCAACUCACAAAACCACAUCUGAAGUAGACCCACAGCCAACUUGUACUUUAGAUACUGACAAAACAAGUCCAAGUGCUGGUUCUGCUUCAGCUGGGACACCACCCAUGAACGUAAUCUCUACUCUGGUAUCUAGGGAGGAGCUGACUGCUAGUGAUGUGAAGAAGACAAGUACUGGACUUGCAGAUCAGGUCAGUAGUGAGCCAAAUCCCACAGAUGCUGAUAAGAUUGAAUGUGGUCCGAAAAACCAGACACUCACAGAAUCACUAGCUAAACAAUCAAACACAUCUUUGGUCCAAGAAGGUGGAGAUCAUAACUUCAUACCAAAGGCAGAGGUACAGCAAUGUCAGAACUCCAGCAGACUCCCAUCAUCUCAACCCACCAGGAUUCGAUUCCAGAGGGUCAAACAAAAACCAAACCUUCCACGGUUAUCAAAAAGUGUACAAUCUAAACCGGAACGUCUGGAAUCAACAUGCACAACAACAUCUGAAGUAGAACCACAACCAAUUUGUACUUUCUUUUCUGACAUAACAAGUCCGGGUGUCGAUUCUGCUUUGGCUGGGACACCACCCAUGAAAGUAAGCUCUACUCGGGUAUCUACAGAGGAGCUGCCUGUGAGCGAUGUGAGGAAGACAAGUACUGGACUUGCAGAUCAGGUCAGUAGUGAGCCAAAUCCCACAGAUGCUGAUAAGAUUGAAUGUGGUCCGAAUAAUCAGACACUCACAGAAUCACUAGCUCAACAAUCAAACAAAUCUUUGGUCCAAGAAGGAGGAGAUCAUGUUGUCAUACCAGAAGUACAUGAAUGUCAGAACUCCAGCAGACUCCCAUCAUCUCAGCCCACCAGGAGGACUCGAUUCCAGGAGGUCAAACCAAAACCAGACCUUUCACAGAUAUUAAAAAGUGCACAAUCUAAACCUCAAACCACAAAAGAAACGCUUCUGUCUGCAAAUCUGGAAUCAAGCAGCAAAACAACAUCUGAAGUAGAACCACUACCAACUUGUAGUUCCUCCACAGAAAAAACAAGUCAAAGAAGUUCAUCUGUGACUCCAUCCAUGGGAUUUAGCACCAGUGUGGUACGUACAGAGGAGACUUGUAGUCAGCUGAAGGAGGCAGCAGCCGAUAAACUUGCUGACCAGGUGGAUUCUGGAAAGGAAAAUGAAGGAAUGAAAAAAGCAACAACAUUUGGAGCUGCAGCUGAGACACAAAGCUUUAAUGCCGAAAGAACUCAGACUUCUGCUAACAAUGUGGUGCCAUCAGCUUUUCGCCCAGAAUGUCAUGCAAAGCAGGCUGCAGCUCUCCAAGGCAGCAAGCUCAUGGAGGAAAGCUCAAACUCUGCUCUGAAGCCUGAAUCCUCUGACCGCCCAAGCAUAGAAGCCCAGUCACCAACGUGUCCAAGUGUUACCUCACCACUGGAGCCCACAGAGCACCCUUCUUCAUCUGGAGAUAACAACAAGGAAGUUGUCUCAGAGGCAUCAAAAGAAACAACUCAAAGGCGGCGACGCCUCCCCAAAGUCAAACCCAAUUUGAGAUCCCCCGCUAGAGCGAUACGCUGUGUGUCGCAGUCAAAGGAUGGAGGUGAAUCCUCAAAGCAAAUAUCUCAUAUAACUUCACAAUAUCAGCUAGUAGGGGAAAACUCAGACCUACAGUCUGGAAAUGAUGAGGGAGUCGCCAUGGAAAGUAAAAAUAAGAGCACUGAAGUGACAACAGCUGGCAAAGAAACAGAAGUCUACACAGCUCCUUGUCAGGACAAGACCGAGGGCGGGACUUCCUUGAAAUCUGAUGGCCAAAUCUUUCCUGCCCUCCCAUCAAAUAUCCUGCCGCUAGGUCAAAAUACUGUCAAGAUACUGUCCUGGAUGACCACAGACACUCACCCCCUUAAAUGUGCAGAUGAUCCUCCUUUGCCAAAAACCUCCACAACAACUACAAGUGUCAAACCCAGCCUUGGAAAAAGCAGUCCACAGCCCCAACAAGUGGCAGAUUCAGAUCCUGUCAGCACUGCUGCUGCCCAAGACCACGUGCCUGACCCUGCGGUGCCAGCAGAGGGAGCCAUUGAGGAUGAAUCCACGUUGAGCACUGCACAGAACCAAACUUUUGCUAGCCUCUCAAUAUUUCCAGAAACAUUGUCGGUGCCCUCGGAUCCUGAUGAGCCAUUUUUUAUCCUCUCCCUGACUGAGAUCCCAGUUGUCUCUGCUGGGGAGGUGUUGGACGCCACCCCCCAGCCGCCAACUCUAAUCCCUGAAGCACAUUGGUCAGUGCAGCAGAGUCUUGCAGUGGGCAAUGUGGUAGCAGGGCAAGAUGCUUCCACGCCUGACGUCCUCAUAUCCAAUGACGAGAUGCGCACCACCAUGAGUGCAUCAAUGGAGGAUGACGUAGUGCCACCAGAGGACCAGCAGGCGUGUACCUUGGCAGCGCCAUGGAGAGCAGCAAGUUCUCCCAAAAGGAAACCCAAAGGCUUUCUGUCCUUCCUGUCUGGGACAAGCAGUGCCACUGAGUCCAACGAGUCCACACGAGUCAAAGCCGCUUCCAGACGACCCACAGUUAAAGCUUUACUGAGAAAGAGACCUACACGCCACAAAAACCCUUCCACCACCACACAAGCACCAGUGGACACCACGCUACCAGAACCAGAAGCACUAGCGGACACCUUGCGACCAGAACCAGAAGCACCAGUGGCCACCACGCUAGCAGAACCAGAAGCACCAGUGGGCGCCACGCUAGCAGAAUCAGAAGCACCAGUGGACACCAUGCUAGCAGAACCAGAAGUACCGGUGGACACCACGCUAGCAGAACCAGAAGCAGGUCCCUGUGCAGCUGAGGUUUUUGGAUGUGAGCACCACAGCAGCACGGCAGUCCAAGAAGAACCCACCAACGUGUCCCAGUACUUCUUAAGUGACAUUUUUACUGAAGUCCAGGACACGUGAUCAUGCCUCACACAAUCAUACCUCUAUUCAUUUUUAUACAACACUCUGUACAUAUACAGUAUCUCUAUACUUUACAUUCAUGCAAAUACACUUUUAUUUUUCUAACUAGCCAUGAAAAAAUAAAUAUUGACUUGUUUCACUCAUACGCCUUUGUUGGUCCUCAAUAUCAUACAUUAUACUUAUGA